UGCAGCAACAGCCUCAAAUCAAAGUUGCUCUCUUUAUCUACGAGUCUUCUGAACUCGAUUUAAUCUACGAUUACAGUCGAAAUUGAUGGUUCAAUUCCACGAGCAUAUAAUCACAGACCUUCUUGAUGAUUCCAAUGGUGGGCUUGUCAUCCUUUCCUCUGGUCUCUCUCUACCCAAGCUCAUUGCCUCUCUUCUCCUUCUACACUCUUCUUCUCAAGGAACUCUUCUUAUCCUCUCUUCCUCUCCAUCUUCCCUCAAAUCGAAAAUCUUUUUCCACCUCAAAGCUCAGAAUCCCCAAUUCCAACAAAUCCCCUCUGAAAUCACUGCCGAUCUUCCUGCUCACCACCGCCAUUCUCUUUACUCUUCCGGAUUAACUUUUUUCAUCACACCCAGAAUUCUAAUUGUGGAUCUUUUAACGAACAAAUUACCCACAUCCAGUAUUGCUGGGCUUGUCAUCCUGAAUGCCCAUUCACUCUCUGAAACCUCCACUGAAGCAUUUAUAGUUAGAAUCAUCCGGUCUUUUAAUCGAGAUGCAUAUAUUCGGGCUUUCUCUGAUAAGCCUCACGCGAUGGUAUCUGGGUUUGCUAAGGUGGAGCGAACUAUGAAGUGUUUGUACAUCCGGAAGUUGCACUUGUGGCCAAGGUUUCAGGUGUAUGUUUCGCAGGAACUGGAGAAGGCCCCCCCGGAUGUGGUGGAUAUAAGGGUGCCAAUGACUAAAUACAUGAUGGGGAUUCAGAAAGCCAUCAUCGAGGUUAUGGAUGCAUGUCUAAAGGAGAUGAGGAAGACUAAUAAAGUUGACGUUGAGGAUUUGACGGUGGAAAAUGGAUUGUUCAAGUCGUUCGAUGAGAUUGUGCGGAGGCAGUUGGAUCCAAUUUGGCAUACUUUGGGGAAGAAGACAAAGCAGCUGGUGUCAGACCUCAAGACGUUGAGGAAAUUGUUAGAUUAUCUUGUAAGGUAUGAUGCAAUAACUUUCUUGAGGUAUUUGGACACAUUGAGAGUGUCAGAAAGCUUUCGAUCAGUUUGGAUAUUUGCAGAGGGGAGCUAUAAGAUAUUUGACUAUGCAAAGAAACGUGUUUAUCGCCUGGAGAGAUCAGAUGGUGCGAAAUUAAAUGAGUCAAAUAAGAUUGCGAAAAGCAAAAAGAGAAAAUGCAAGGGGGAUGGCAAUGACAGUGAAGAAGUUUCGUCAAAGAGUUCAAAUACUGGGUUAGCUUUGGAGGAAGUUUUGGAAGAAGCGCCAAAGUGGAAAGUCUUACGUGAGGUUCUUGAGGAGAUAGAAGAGGAAAGACGAAAGCAAGGUGUGUCAGGGGAAGAUGUUUUGAGUGAAGGUGAAGGUAAUGAUAAUGGAAUUGUACUAGUGGCAUGUAAAGAUGAACGUUCAUGCUUGCAGCUUGAAGAAUGCAUCAUCAACAGUCCAGAGAAGGUCAUGGCUGAAGAAUGGAGGAAGUACUUGCUAAGCAAAUUACAGCUGCGGGAUGUAGUGCGUCAGAAAAAGAAGCCAAAGGAUCCCAAAGGUUUUGGGGUUCUUGAUGGAGUUACUCCUAUGGCACCUGUACAGAAUGCUGAAGCCAGCAUUAGCAAGCAGGAACAUGAUGCACUCUUGGCAGCAGCAUCUGGAAUAAGAGAUCUAGCUGAAAAGGAUUGUAUGGUUGAAGAUCCUCUGGGACUUGACUCUGGUGGACGAAAACGUGGAAAAGGAAAGGGUAAAGUAGGCAGUAAAAAUGGGUCGGUUACUGCUGAUGGCUCUGGAGUCCAUAACAGUAAAAAGGCAUCAACAAGUGAUAAUUUAAGGAUUUCUGACUCAAAAAAUAAUGACCGAAUGGAGGAAACUAAUCCAGUUGGUGCUGGUGGGACAGCUGUAGACAACUUAGUUCUUCGGAGGCAUACUAAUGCUAAUGCUGCAGGAUCCAUGAAUGCAAAACCAUUACCACCUGUUCAUUUUUAUGCCUUAGAAAGUGAUCAGCCAAUACUUGAUGUAUUACAGCCUUCAAUAGUUAUUGUAUACCAUCCAGAUAUGACCUUUGUUAGGGAAAUUGAAGUCUACAAAUCUGAAAACCCUUCAAAACGGUUGAAAGUCUAUUUUCUUUUCUAUGAAGAUUCUACUGAGGUGCAAAAGUUUGAGGCUAGCAUACGCCGGGAGAAUGGUGCAUUUGAAUCUUUAAUCAGGCAGAAAUCUAUGAUGAUGAUUCCAGUUGACCAGGAUGGUCGUUGUUUGGGAUUGAAUACUAUUGCAGAGGGAGACUUAACGACCUCCCAAAACUCAGUAACAAGAAAAGCAGGUGGGAGAAAGGAGGCUGAUAAAGAAACGCAGGUCAUAGUGGACAUGAGGGAGUUCAUGAGCAGCCUUCCUAAUGUUCUUCAUCAAAAGGGAAUGCGCAUUAUUCCAGUGACCCUAGAAGUUGGUGACUAUAUUCUCUCACCAUUUAUUUGUGUGGAAAGAAAAAGCAUCCAAGAUCUCUUUAUGAGCUUCACAUCAGGACGUCUUUACCACCAGGUGGAAACAAUGGUGCGAUAUUAUAGGAUACCAGUACUGUUAAUUGAGUUCUCACAGGAUAAGAGCUUCUCAUUCCAGUCUGCAAGUGAUAUUGGUGAUGAUGUGACGCCAAAUAGUAUCAUAUCAAAGUUGUCAUUGCUUGCUUUACACUUUCCUCGGCUACGAAUAAUUUGGUCUCGAAGUUUGCAUGCUACUGCUGAAAUAUUCGCAUCACUGAAGGCAAAUCAAGAUGAACCAGAUGAAGCAAAGGCAAUGAGAGUGGGUGUUCCCUCAGAAGAAGGAAUUGUGGAAAAUGAUGUGAGGGCUGAAAAUUACAACACGUCUGCUGUGGAGUUUCUGAGAAGACUUCCAGGUGUAACAGACUCAAACUACAGGACCAUAAUGGAAGGAUGUAAGAGUUUGGCUGAGCUUGCUAUUCUUCCUGUGGAGAAGCUGGCCGAACUCAUGGGUGGUCAAAAAGCUGCUCGCACUCUUAGAGACUUUCUUGAUGCUAAAUAUCCAACCUUGUUGUGAGCUAUGUAGAUACUUCAAUUCUUUUAUGAUGGGAUUAUUCAUUAGGGCUAUUCCAUUGGUAAUUGUCUCUCAUGUUGUACAUUAGUCGAUUGAUUUUUCAGAUUCAUAGUAUCAUUUUUAUUUUAGAAAUGUAUUCCCAUUGUCUCACUUUGCGUGCAGCGCGUAAAUUUUCAGAUUAAAUAAUUUGUGGUUUUUAUAAAAAGGUUUAAUUUGAUUUUA